AUGGAUCUUCAUGUUGCCUCGGAGGGUGAAGGACUGAGAAGAGUAAGACUGCAGAAUGCGACAGUGAACCUCACUUCCUCAAGUGCAGAAGAGACAGCAACACUAUCCUCUUCUGCCACCCAUAAGGGACCCCACACGCAAAACUUGUCCCUGGGGUUUGCCUCUCGUGGCGCUAGCUCUCAGGCCGCUGGAGCGCGGCUCGCGGAGGCUCGGCGGGCGGCAGGAGGAGCGUGUGAGUUGGAGGCGUCCCUUUAAGAGCGGCCAGCCGGGCGAGCCUCCGCCUCCAGGACCGCAGCGCGCCGCCGGUCACCUGGGGCUGUCGGGCAGCAGGCUCGCGGUGGGACCGGCGUGCUAGCUCGGGGAGCCGGAGCGGGGCUCGGACGCGAGGUGCGGCGGGGGCAGACACGGAGCGCAGCUGUUCCCGGGUGGGUUUGGCGGAGGAUGCGGGAGAGCACGUGGGUGUCGCUGCCGCUGCUGCUGCUGCUGCUGCUGCUGCCCGCGCCGCAGUGGGGAGGCCCCCAGGACGGCCGCCCCGAGCCGGAGCCGGAGCCCGAGCGCGGUCCUCUGCAACCCUUCGAUCUGCUCUACGCUAGCGGUGUGGCUGCCUACUACAGCGGCGACUACGAGCGUGCGGUGCGUGACCUGGAAGCCGCGCUGCGCAGCCACCGGCGCCUGAGAGACAUCCGCACGCGCUGUGCCCGCCACUGCGCGGCGCGCCGCCCGCUCGCACCCCCGGGGGCCGGCCCGGGAGCCGAGCUGCCCUUCUUCCGAGCGCUGCUCGAGCGGGCUCGCUGCUCCCGCAGCUGCCAGAGACAGCGCCUGGGCGGCCCCGUGUCCCGGCACCGUGUCAGCGAGGACGUGCGCAGCGACUUCCAGCGCAGAGUGCCCUACAACUACCUGCAGCGGGCCUACAUCAAGCUUAACCAGCUGGAAAAGGCCAUGGAGGCAGCGCACACAUUCUUCAUGGCCAACCCUGAGCACAUGGAAAUGCAGCAGAGCAUAGAGGACUACAGAGCGACAGCGGGGGUGGACACCUUCCAGCUGGUAGACAGAGAAGCCAGGCGACAUCUGACACAGUUGGAAAAUUCUAUGGGCAAGGACAAUGUCAACAUGCAUAUCAAAAACGGCAAAGCUCCCCGCCCCCCGAGUGUUCUGUGUCAAUGCAUGUCCUGCAGAAGUACUGCCCUGCCUAAGGUGUGGCCUCAGCACCUGGAGGACACACACUUUCUCUCUUGCCUUCCAGAUCACUACAUGCAGGUGCUGGUCUGUCAGCAUGAGUGUGUGAGGGAACUCGCCACCCGCCCAGGCCGCCUCUCACCGAUCGAGAACUUUCUUCCCUUGCAUUAUGACUACCUACAGUUUGCCUACUACAGAGUGGGUGAAUAUGUGAAAGCCUUGGAGUGUUCCAAAGCCUACCUGAUGUUCCAUCCAGACGACGAGGACGUCCUGGACAAUGUAGACUACUAUGAGAGCCUGCUGGACAAUAGCAUUGACCCAGCGUCCAUUGAGGCCCGAGAGGAUUUGGCAGCAUUUAUCAAACGUUACAACCUUGAAUCUGAACUGAUAAAGUCGGCUGCAGAGGGUCUGGGAUUUUUAUAUUCUGAACCGAAUUACUGGAUCAGUUAUGGAGGACGGCAGGAUGAGAAUCGGGUCCCUUCAGGAGUGAACGUGGAGGGAGCAGAAGUUCAUGGAUUGUCAAUGGGGAAAAAGCCACCACCCAAGAUAGAUCGAGACCUAAGAGAAGGUGGCCCUCUGCUCUAUGAGAACAUCACCUUCGUGUACAACUCAGAACAGCUCAACGGGACUCAGAGGGUUCUCCUAGAUAACGUCCUGUCGGAAGAGCAGUGUCGGGAGCUGCACAGCGUGGCCAGUGGAAUCAUGUUGGUUGGUGAUGGAUACCGAGGAAAAACGUCACCGCAUACACCCAAUGAAAAGUUCGAAGGAGCGACUGUCUUGAAAGCGCUCAAAUUCGGUUAUGAAGGCCGGGUGCCCCUGAAGAGCGCUCGCCUCUUCUAUGACAUCAGUGAGAAGGCCCGGAAGAUUGUGGAAUCCUAUUUCAUGCUGAACUCAACCCUGUAUUUUUCCUAUACACACAUGGUCUGCAGAACAGCCCUGUCUGGGCAGCAGGAUAGACGAAAUGACCUCAGUCACCCUAUUCACGCCGACAACUGCCUGCUGGAUCCAGAAGCUAAUGAAUGCUGGAAGGAGCCUCCUGCUUACACUUUCCGGGAUUAUAGCGCACUCCUGUAUAUGAACGACGACUUUGAAGGCGGAGAAUUCAUCUUCACUGAAAUGGACGCCAAAACUGUGACUGCCUCUAUUAAACCAAAGUGUGGGCGAAUGAUCAGCUUCUCAUCUGGCGGAGAGAACCCUCAUGGGGUGAAGGCGGUCACCAAAGGCCAGCGCUGUGCUGUGGCACUGUGGUUCACCCUAGACCCUCUUUACAGAGAAUUGGAGCGGAUACAGGCCGAUGAAGUGAUUGCCAUCUUGGAUCAAGAACAGCGCGGGAAGCAUGGACUGAAUAUUAACCCCAGAGAUGAGCUAUAGAAAAGAGAGUGUUCUAUCAAAUAUUUAUUUAAAUUGUUAAUCUUAUAAGAACCUUUUUAUUUUUGUACAGAGCCAUGGUAUAAAUUAACAGGAUACUAGGAGUCGCUAGAUUCCCCCUUCUGUCCCUGUCUCUGCUCGCUUUGCCCUCCUCGUGCCCUUGGUUUUCUUCAGUUCAUCAUUCAGAGCCCGGGCACAUCCCCAAACACACAUCUUACACACACUCUGCACACCACACAGUCACACGCGUAAACAUGCAUCCCAGAGAUACUGCAGAAGCACAAUAUGCCACUCACAUACCACACAAACUCCUAAACAUGCCACACAAACACACACUAAACGCAAACCACCCAAACAAUCUCUCUCUCUCUCUCUCUCUCUCUCUCUCUCUCUCUCUCUCUCUCUCUCUCUCUCUCUCUAACACACACACACAAACAACACAUACAUGAUUAAUUUGUUGCACAUUCAGAAUCUCAACACAACAAAUUGUUUUUCAGCAACCCCACAGUCAGAGUGUACCCCAGGUCUAGACUCAGUGUGUGAAUUGCUCUCGGGCCUCCAGCUUGCCACCUUUCCCUGUGGCCUCUCGUGGUGCUGAUGGCUGAGAAUACAUACUUUUCCCAGCAAGCUUGGCUUGAAUCUGAGGAGCCCCUGACACGGUCUGUGUAGCCCCAAGCAUCACAAGCAGCAGCAUCUUUCAGACUUGAGGAAGCCACCACUGGGAUAAGGACAGUGACACAAGGUCCCUUCGCCAGGGCCUUCAUGGACCUUGAGGACUGGUGUUGCUUUAAUCCCCCUGCAUCAGGCGCUAUUGCUCAGCUGCUGGUGAGGGGCUACUGCUGGUGAAAAAGUAGAAUCCCUUUCGCAGGCUGCUUCCUGUCUGCCUCUGCUGGGCAGCCUUUUCCCAGGGCUGCUGCCAGCUGACAGAGGCACGUUGUGUCUGAGGUGUUUAAUAAAAGGAGCCUUGUUGCAGCGUU